UGAUAGCGAACGGGAACCCUUCUAUCUCGCCCCCGCAAACUGUCAAGUGUGAUCAACCUUCUACUCAUGAAACAUCAGAGUCUGACAAGACGAGCGUGGGCUAGUGAAGUUCUAAACUCUCUCACUAAGUUGAGCUUCUAGGGCUGAACAGAUAGCGACAACGACCUAUCCCCUUGAGAGAAAGUCUUGCCCACCUUCUUCCUAUAGUCGUAGAGCAAAACAAGUCCCCUCUCCGCUGAUACAAUUCCGAUAAGACGGGGACGUCCUUGUCUCUCACGCACCUGCCCGCGUUUUUUUCCCUCUCUACUUAUUAUUCCCUCUGAAACCAGUGGCAAAAAAGACAAUGGUGACUCCCGCUUGUUAUCCCCCAAGCGAGGCUGGCCGACGAUAUAGCCGCCCUUGCCCUCCAUAUACCAUCCCUUACCAAGAGCGCCGAUAUCACCUCACUUCCCAAGAAGUAGCUCGAACAACGACGAUGGCAGAACGUGAACUAGACUCGGAGUCGUCACAACCCCGAAAGAGAAUAGCUGUGGCGUGCGGCCGAUGUCGUAAGCGCAAGAUUCGAUGUAGCGGCGACCUCGGAAACGGACUUCCAUGCUCAAACUGCAAGAACGCAGGUCAUCAGCCUUGCCUUUUUCUACGGGUCUCCUCCACCGAGACUCCUCUCAGGAACGACGGCAAUGACUUCUCUUAUAAUCUUGAAGCGGCUCGACCCUACAGCAACCAGAACCGAGUAGCCGUAUCCCAGUUGAACCCAGUCUCACAGUACUCUACGGAUAUGCCCGCAGGAGAUGUCUUAACUUCUUAUCGGCCAAACCAAUACCAAUAUGGAACCAAAGGCUAUUAUUCUGCUAUAUCAGGAUGGACAGGGACUUACCAGGACGAAGGUGUAGACUAUAAUCUGAACUACUCCUACCCGAUGUUGAGCCAAGACACCUCCCACAUGGUGCAAGGCUAUGGGCGCUACGGUUCUGGGAAGCCAGUUUACGUUGACACGGAUACAUCGACAUAUUCGUAUAACUUGGUUCACCGCCCAGCAGUGAGCAGCGAAUCCCCCAAUGGGUUUUCAUUGACAGGGAUGGCAGCGUCGCUUCCGAACACUUCUGAUCGGGUUCCAUCCAAUCGUCUCCUUCCACAGGUGAAUCGAACUUUGACAAGCCCAGCUAGCUAUCGCACAGAUGGCCUGCCAAGUUUCCCAGGUUCGAAGACAUCUCCUACGAGCCCCAUGUCUGACGUUGGCUAUAAUAAUCUACAUUCUAGCUUCGAAUCGCCCUACUCGCCACCAAGUACGCUUGGCUCGAACAUCCCACACCGGUCAAGCAAUGCUCAAGAAAACAGCACUUAUCAGUCCGGCCCGAGUUCAACUACAGAAAGCCUAUACACCGCAGGCGACCAAUCACUUCGUUCUGCCGAAGACAGCAACGCAGGCUUGAGCUACAUCUACAGCGACAAGCUCGAAGGCUCUCGAAGAGAUUCUCAGUCAAGCGGUGGGGGCACUUCGGGAUCCGUCUUGCCCAAUGGCCAUGUAUACGUACCAGACUCACACCACCCGCACAUACCAUCUUCGUCCUCCCAGAGCUAUAUUGCGCCACAAAACAACGCAGUGGAUGGAGGUACUACGUCGUCUGGUCGAGGUAGUGGUAGCAGCGGCUCCUCGCAUAUGCACGCGGAAAGUCACCGACGAUCUGCGGGAAACCUCCGUGGGGGUUAAAAUCUA